AUGAAUUCGGAUAUGAAUUCUGUUGAAGAUGCAAAUAUGAACCCUGUUGAAGAUGCAAAUAUGAACCCUGUUGAAGACGCAAAUAUGAAUCCAGUUGAAGACACAAGUAUGAAUCCAGUUGAAGACACAAAUAUGAAUUCAGUUGAAGAUGCAAAUAUGAAUUCAAUGAAAACUCCGAUACUAAUAAAA